UUGCUUUGUGAAGCAGCAAAACCGACGACUCCCCGCCUCCUGCCAUUUCUUCUACCCUCUGAGCGCACCCCAACUGUGUAGGCAGAUCACUCUCCCCGAUGCCGCACGCGACAAUGGAUUCCGACUUGGAGCCCUAUGCUGCGCAGCAGCAGCGCGAACUCGACGACGAAGCCAAGAUUCUAGCAAUGAUUUCUGGAAAUAGUGGAGGUACCGAUGCCGACGACUUCCUGAAGGGCGUUGCGGACCGAGACCUCGAUGUGGGGGAAAAAGCUGACGACGCCGUCGACUACGGGGACAUUUCGGAUGACGAUGACCUGCCCGACGAGGAAGACGUCGUGUUUGGGAAUGGCGUACAGCAUGCUAGUGGGAGCACGGUACAAGACUUUACACCGGACGGCUUUGAGCAGGAUGAUGAUUUGGACGAUUUGUUCGGCGAUGGGAUGUCCAGUCCGGUCCAAGAACGGUCACAGCAGGACCAUCUCCCCGCUUCUUCUGUCGAAACACUCGCUUCAGGCCAGGUGGCAGGGUCGAAGGCUGCAAUAGACACUGUCACGUCUUCGCUCGAUGGCCACCCCGCAUUCCGUCCCGUUGAUUACGGUGUCAUGCAAGAGGAGGAAAUUGACCCCGAGCUGGCUGAGCAGAUGGCCUUGUUUGCACAGGCAAGACGAGGGCAAACAGAACGCGUGCCACCUCCUCCACAAACAUCCAAAGAGAUCUUCGAUCAAAUAUGGCCCGAUUUCGAGCCCGACAUGCCACCGCGCUUCUUUAGCUUAAUACCUCGAAAACGCGCUUUCUUCGUCCCAAAGACACCCCUUAAAGUCCCGAAGCCCAUCCAGCCGAACAAGGUCAACCUCGAUAUCGCUCCCGACCAAGAGAAAGCCUUCCGACUACCUUCCACAAGUGCAACAACCAAAGUAGGCCGACAGUUAGAGGCUGAGCAGCAGGGCAUCAUCUAUAUCACUAAUGGCAUCGAAGAGGAUAAUCAGAGCGGUGAUGAGAUGGAACUGGACGAUCUGGACAACGAGAAUGAACAAGAGAUGAUCGGCAACGUUUCGUGGAACGACUUGAAGAUCGCUUGCGAGGAUUGGGAUAUCCCUAGUGUUGAUACACCCUCUGAUACUGAAGAACUUCAGACACCUCCAGAUGCGUUCAUAGAUGAGGGCGAUUGGAUGCGAGACCUCGCCGCAGAAAUGAGCGGACCUCCGGCAAAGAAGCGGAAACUUGGGGAACGAAAGAACCAUAUUCAAUUCUCGGUCUACGAUCACAUGAAUAUCCCCUCCUUGGAUGAUCCCGAACUUGCUACGUCGAAAAUCUCGAAGAAGAUUAUUCUAGAUAUGAACGACCCUCAUCUUUUGCUUGACGUCCAGCAGCCAAGCGCUGAACCGAAGAAGCCGCGGACAUUAGGCCAAGAAUUUAAACGAGACAGCCGUGGCAGUCUAGCUAACCCGAUGUUCAAACGGUACAACAUCUCCAAUGACGACGCCUACGAUGCUCUCAAGGAGAAUGCCCAACAAAAGGUCCGAAGUACGCUAGGACAUAUGAGUAUUGAACAUAGCUUGCCCGCCCUGAAGCUUCAGUAUCCGUUCUACAAGGUUAAUCUUUCUGACCGCGAGCUUCGGUCUUUCCAUCGCCCGUCCAUCACUUUCAAGCCUGGUGAACGAGUGUUCCCCAUUAGUCUCAAGCCAACGAAGAGGAAGCACAAGAAGAACCUCAAACCAUCCGAAGCUUUUGCGAAAGCCGAAGAUCUCAACGUCGGUGAUGGUUCAGACCUCCUGCUCGCCGAGUACUCAGAGGAAUACCCCACUACUCUCUCUAACUUCGGAAUGGGUGUUAAGAUUGUAAAUUACUACCGCCGGAAGGACAACGAAGAUGCUUCGAGGCCCAAGCUGGAUCUCGGUGAGACUGCAGUGCUACUGCCCCAAGACAAAAGCCCGUUCUCCGUGUUCGGUGAUGUGGAAGCUGGACAGACUGUACCCGCGUUGCAGAACGCCAUGUACCGUGCACCUAUCUUCCAACACGACCCUAAGUCAACUGAUUUCUUAGUCAGCAGGAGCCACACUGGUACUGAGGGAUCCAAAUACUACAUCAGGAAUCUUCAAAACUUGGUGACGGUGGGCCAGGAAUUCCCGUCGGUUGAGGUACCUGGAACGCACGCACGGAAGGUGACGGAAGCUUCCAAGAAGCGUCUGAAGAUGCUGUCCUUCCGUAUCUACCGAAAGAACGCAGAAAAGAACGCUAGGCAGCCAUGGCUUAGCAACGAGAUGAUCAAAUAUCAUCUUCCAGGUACCGAGAUUGCACAGAACCGAUCUAGGAUGAGAGAAAUCAUGUCAUAUGAUAAAGAAAAGGCCACGUGGUUCCCCAAAGACGGCGAGACUAUCCCUGACGAACCGUCACUGCGGGCGUGGAUUAAGCCUGAGGACAUUUGCCUGAUCGACUCAAUGCAUGCAGGCGAUAAGCAUCUCACGGAUGCCGGUUUCAAAGCCAACGAGAUCAAGGACGACGAAGACGCUGAAGAGGGCGAAAAGCGCGAACUCCAGCUUGCACCGUGGCACACCACCAAGAACUUCUUGAAUGCUUGCGCAGGAAAAGCGAUGCUGGAGCUUCACGGUGACGGCGAUCCAACUGGUCGUGGUGAGGGCUUCAGUUUUAUCAAAGUAUCCAUGAAGGGCGGUUUCAAAGAUAUCGGUCAGAGCACUGCUGAUAAGCUUGAUGCCAAGAAAAGCAAAGAGCUUGGAGGCCAUAGCUAUAACGUUGCGCUCCAGCAGAAACGCUACGAAGAGGCCAUCAAACGCAUCUGGAACAAGCAGGCCGAAAGCCUUCGCUCCACUGUGGAACAUUCUGACGUGGAGAUGGAUGUCGACAACGGCGACAUGCGCCAGAAUCAAGGCCGAGGGCGAUCUGAAUUCGGAACCCCUGUCGCCCUGAUGCGCGACGACGAUACCAUGAGUCAGUUCAGCCGGAACAGUCAGAACGACACGCGUGGCAAAGUCCUCCGCAUCAAGCGCUGGACCAAGAACAAACACGACGAAUACGAGCAGCAAGUCGUCACCAUCACAGAUCCGGAAGUUGUUCGACUGUACUCUAAGCGCAAGAAGCAAGAACGUCUCAUGAACAUGCGAAUCGACGAAAUCAAGCCAACCGGAAAUGCGGAAUUCGACGCCCAGCAACAACUUAAGCUCAAAGCUGAGCUGGCUCGUCUUACGCGCAACGUCGAACGUCGUGAAGGCCGCGAGAAGGCAAAGGGUCUCCAUACCGUUCACGCUCCUGGCGGCGGGACUCCUGCGGGUUUGCCGACUGGCAAGAUUUCUGGUUCCACGCCGAGGAAGUGUGCAAAUUGCGGGGAGGUGGGACAUAUUAAAACCAACAAAAAACUUUGCCCUCUGCUCAAUGGUCAGAAGAAACAGAGCGAUACUUUCCGUGAUGCUACUGCUGCAUCUCCGGUUACCGUCGCGGUGGCCCCGACGCCGCAGGUUGCUGGGAGUCCACUUUGAAGGCGUGUUCUUAACUAAUACCUCUGGUCAAACAUGGAAUUUAUUUUGGCUUAAGAUUGCUUGCUGGCGUGCGUGCAACGACAGAUAUUGCGACGGGAGUAAAUGAAUGGC